UCACAUCUGUUGAGAAAAAAGAUCCAAAGAAAAACUGGAUUAUGAUAAGCUACAAUAGGCAUCAUAAAACAAUGGUUGAAAAGGUAUUGCAUUACGUUUAAAGUUUGUUUUCUAUACUGUUGUAGUGGUAGACAAUUAUGAUAACCGACACAACUUUGCUGUUCAAUAUUUUCUGAAAACUUACCAAUGCGUAUGCUCUUUAUGACUUUUGUUACUGUUGUGACGAAUCAUAACUAUCGAAAUAGCUGGUGGUGUGGAGUUCAAUCCCCACCAAAGCCAUCCCAAGCAACCCGGGUGGAUGGGACUCGUUAGCCUUGGACGGCAACCUGUCUAAGAGAAGGCAGACUCUGAAUUUAAACCAGGAGCCAGAAUGAUCAACAAAUUGAUCGUGGGCACCUCAAAUAUAAGAAGAAGAACUAUACUUACUUAAAUUUUUAUGUUAACGGCUUUUAUAAGACUGACGUAUCAAUUAGCUUUACGUAACCGUUUAUGGUUUAGAAUAUAAGUGAUCAAAUACGUCAAAUCAGUUUUUUAAGAAUCAUUUUCUUUCCUUUAAAAUGUCAACUUCUUGUCAUUGCUAACUUUACGAAUGCUAUCCGACAGAUCAACAAAGCUUUAAAGGAUAGAAACUACAAAACUUGGAUCGACGUGGAAGAUAUGAGUGGUUCAACACUCGAUUCCAUGUCUACUGCCAUCGAGGAUGCGGCAGCCGUGUUGGUCUGUAUGUCACCUGCCUACAAAACCAGCAAAUACUGCAAGUUAGGUGGGUCAAAGGAAAGGCAGUUUUGUGUUCUCACCAGCAGCCAUAUAAUCAUCUUAUAAUCAUCUUCAUUGGUAGUGGCAUCAGCGGUGACGUAAUUGCGGGGGUUUUAUAAACUGGGGGGGGGGUCGUCUUGACAGCGUCAAUCAGGAACGGUAACUGGCCAACCAUGUGUGAAUUACGGAAAGUCUGUGAAAAUUUAAAAAAAAGGGAUUUCUCGGUUAAAGUCGGUAAAAGCUUUAGGAUGUCCGUAAACCAUUCAUCCAUCCAUCCAUCCAUCCAUCCAUACAUCCAUCCAUCCAUUCAUCCAAUGGACAUGAAACACAACCGGAAAUCACAGCGAUUGUAUUUUUUUUUUCAUUCUUGCAAGAUGAUACUCAGGAUAAAUUCAACACUGAUGAUAAACUUAUACAGUAAAAUAAACGUUAAAAAAGAGAGCCAAAGAGAGCCAUCGCGUGGACCCUGCAGCCACCCUCCGGCGACAGGGGGUCUCUCGGAUAUUAAGGGGCCCAACGUUUUGAUGGUGCAAAAUUUAAACUAAACAAUCUUGAAUGAAAAAAAAACAAAAAGUGUGGGGAUGGGGGGGGGGGAGGCAGAAAAGUUGGGAGAGGGGAUCUCCGAAGGCAACGCCACUGAAACCUCGUCGUCAUAUAUGGACCCUGCAGCCACCCUCCGGCGACAGGGGGUCUCUCGGAUAUUAAGGGGCCCAACGUUUUGAUGGUGCAAAAUUUAAACUAAACAAUCUUGAAUGAAAAAAAAACAAAAAGUGUGGGGUUGGGGGGGGGGAGGCAGAAAAGUUGGGAGAGGGGAUCUCCGAAGGCAACGCCACUGAAACCUCGUCGUCAUAUGACAUAAGGUCAUAUAGACGGUGCCAGAUAAACCUAAAGGCUAAUGAGUCACGUGACAGGUGAUCUAUAAAAAAAAAAGUUCAUUUUCAAAUAUGCGUAUGCCUUUCUAUACAUUACAAGUUCCAUAAAUAGCUUGAGAAAAAGAAAAAGUAAGGGGGAAAAUACAAGUUCUAAACUGUUUGUGUUAGACGGCCAUAGCCAUAUAGAGUAUUUUGACAUCAUUUUAAUUACAGCUGGGAUGGGUAAAAUUUCAAAGUAGAAUGUCAGCUCAUGGGGUAGAAUGAAUAAGUUGAAGAAAAAAAAUUGUGGGUCGAAAGAAUUUGUAUCUAUUUCUCAAUCGUGCUAUUUAAAAGGUUUACUCGAUCUGAAAUCUGAAAGUGAAGAAUAUUUGGGGUGGGGUGGGGGCGGCGUACCUCGACUUAGAACUCCCCCCGGGGCAAAUUUCCAAAAAUGCCCAAAGACACGCAUCGAUUUAUAUAACGUUAGGCGCAUGUGCCCCGGAGAGCCUCCAGGGGCAGUCGCCUCCUUAACGACUACCAAAGAUGAGCACGAAAUGCAAAGCUUCAACUGUCUCGGUUCGUCUACACACCUUAAUGCGUGACUUAGGCUGCAAAAGUGGCAUAAUAGACGGGGCGUCUCUGCGAAUGCGAUGCUUUGAAAAAAUUUAAUGAAAAUGCAUUUACUAUGGUUUGCCUUCAGAAAAAUGCACUAAGAAAAUUAAUAGAGUGUUACAGUGCCCCUUAAGUAGUAUAAUGUGUUUUACUUAGAGAUUGAUGGCCAUGUUUCAUCUUAACUACUUAGAGAUUGGUGGCCAUGUUACAUCUUAACUACUUAGAGAUUGAUGGCCAUGUUACAUCUUCACUACUUAGAGAUUGAUGGCCAUGUUUCAUCUUAACUACUUAGAGAUUGGUGGCCAUGUUACAUCUUAACUACUUAGAGAUUGAUGACCAUGUUACAUCAAAACUACUUAGAGAUUGAUGACCAUGUUACAUCUUAAUUACUUAGAGAUUGAUGGCCAGGUUACAUCUUAACUACUUAGAGAUUGGUGGUCAUGUUACAUCUUAACUACUUAGAGAUUGAUGGCCAUGUUACAUCUUAACUACUUAGAGAUUGAUGGCCAUGUUACAUCUUAACUACUUAGAGAUUGAUGGUCAUGUUACAUCUUAACUACUUAGAGAUUGAUGGCCAUGUUACAUCUUAACUACUUAGAGAUUGAUGGCCAUGUUACAUCUUAACUACUUAGAGAUUGAUGGCCAUGUUACAUCUUAACUACUUAGAGAUUGAUGGCCAUGUUACAUCUUAACUACUUAGAGAUUGAUGGCCAUGUUACAUCUUAACUACUUAGAGAUUGAUGGCCAUGUUACAUCUUAACUACUUAGAGAUUGAUGGCCAUGUUACAUCUUAACUACUUAGAGAUUGAUGGCCAUGUUACAUCUUAACUACUUAGAGAUUGAUGGCCAUGUUACAUCUUAACUACUUAGAGAUUGAUGGCCAUGUUACAUCUUAACUACUUAGAGAUUGAUGGCCAUGUUACAUCUUAACUACUUAGAGAUUGAUGGCCAUGUUACAUCUUAACUACUUAGAGAUUGAUGGCCAUGUUACAUCUUAACUACUUAGAGAUUGAUGGCCAUGUUACAUCUUAACUACUUAGAGAUUGAUGGCCAUGUUACAUCUUAACUACUUAGAGAUUGAUGGCCAUGUUACAUCUUAACUACUUAGAGAUUGAUGGCCAUGUUACAUCUUAACUACUUAGAGAUUGAUGGCCAUGUUACAUCUUAACUACUUAGAGAUUGAUGGCCAUGUUACAUCUUAACUACUUAGAGAUUGAUGGCCAUGUUACAUCUUAACUACUUAGAGAUUGAUGGCCAUGUUACAUCUUAACUACUUAGAGAUUGAUGGCCAUGUUACAUCUUAACUACUUAGAGAUUGAUGGCCAUGUUACAUCUUAACUACUUAGAGAUUGAUGGCCAUGUUACAUCUUAACUACUUAGAGAUUGAUGGCCAUGUUACAUCUUAACCUCUUAGAGAUUGAUGGCCAUGUUACAUCUUAACUACUUAGAGAUUGAUGGCCAUGUUACAUCUUAACUACUUAGAGAUUGAUGGCCAUGUUACAUCUUAAAUACUUAGAGAUUGAUGGCCAUGUUACAUCUUAACUACUUAGAGAUUGAUGUCCAUGUUACAUCUUAACCACUUAGAGAUUGAUGUCCAUGUUACAUCUUAACUACUUAGACAUUGAUGGUAGUGUUACAUCUUAACUACUUAGAGAUUGGUGGUCAUGUUACAUCUUAUUUACUUAGAGAUUGAUGGCCAUGUUACAUCUUAACUACUUAGAGAUUGAUGGCCAUGUUUCAUCUUAACUACUUAGAGAUUGGUGGCCAUGUUACAUCUUAACUACUUAGAGAUUGAUGACCAUGUUACAUCUCAAUUACUUAGAGAUUGAUGGCCAGGUUACAUAUUAACUACUUAGAGAUUGGUGGUCAUGUUACAUCUUAACUACUUAGAGAUUGAUGGCCAUAUUACAUCUUAACUACUUAGAGAUUGAUGGCCAUGUUACAUCUUAACUACUUAGAGAUUGAUGGUCAUGUUACAUCUUAACUACUUAGAAAUUGAUGGCCAUGUUACAUCUUAACUACUUAGAGAUUGGUGGUCAUGUUACAUCUUAACUAAUUAGAGAUUGAUGACCAUGUUACAUCUUAACUACUUAGAGAUUGAUGGCCAUGUUACAUCUUAACUACUUAGAGAUUGGUGGUCAUGUUACAUCUUAACUACUUAGAGAUUGAUGGCCAUGUUACAUCUUAACUACUUAGAGAUUGAUGGCCAUGUUUCAUCUUAACUACUUAGAGAUUGGUGGACAUGUUACAUCUUAACUACUUAGAGAUUGAUGACCAUGUUACAUCUUAACUACUUAGAGAUUGAUGGCCAUGUUACAUCUUAAUUACUUAGAGAUUGAUGGCCAGGUUACAUCUUAACUACUUAGAGAUUGGUGGUCAUGUUACAUCUUAACUACUUAGAGAUUGAUGGCCAUGUUACAUCUUAACUACUUAGAGAUUGAUGGCCAUGUUACAUCUUAACUACUUAGAGAUUGAUGGUCAUGUUACAUCUUAACUACUUAGAGAUUGAUGGCCAUGUUACAUCUUAACUACUUAGAGAUUGAUGGCCAUGUUACAUCUUAACUACUUAGAGAUUGAUGGCCAUGUUACAUCUUAAUUACUUAGAGAUUGAUGGCCAUGUUACAUCUUAACUACUUAGAGAUUGAUGGCCAUGUUACAUCUUAACUACUUAGAGAUUGAUGGCCAUGUUACAUCUUAACUACUUAGAGAUUGAUGGCCAUGUUACAUCUUAAUUACUUAGAGAUUGAUGGCCAUGUUACAUCUUAACUACUUAGAGAUUGAUGGCCAUGUUACAUCUUAACUACUUAGAGAUUGGUGGCCAUGUUACAUCUUAACUACUUAUAAAUUGAUGGCCAUGUUACAUCUUAACUGCUUAGAGAUUAAUGGCCAUGUUACAUCUUAACUACUUAGAGAUUGAUGGCCAUGUUACAUCUUAACUACUUAGAGAUUGAUGGCCAUGUUACAUCUUAACUGCUUAGAGAUUGAUGGUCAUGUUACAUCUUAACUACUUAGAGAUUGAUGGCCAUGUUACAUCUUAACUGCUUAGAGAUUGAUGGCCAUGUUACAUCUUAACUACUUAGAGAUUGAUGGCCAUGUUAGAUCUUAACUACUUAGAGAUUGAUGGCCAGGUUAUAUCUUAACUACUUAGAGAUUAAUGGCCAUGUUAAAUCAUAACUACAAGAGACAGACUGUUUCGUCGAGAAUUCAUUAUUUAUGAAAUUCAGUUGUUGUUUUUUGUAUCUUCAGAUGUGCGGGCUCUACUCUUUGUUUCAAUAUUCACUAAACAGUUGAGUAACUCUGUUCCUGUAUCAAAUUUCUUUCCGUCUCUUACAGAGGCCGAGUACGCCUACCUGCGGGAGCUUCCAGUCAUAUUUCUUCAAAUGGAAAGAGACUACAAACCUGACGGCUGGUUGGGAAUUUUACUUGGGGACAAACUGUUUUACGACUUCUCUGGUAAUGUUUCCUAAUAUAUAUCGAGAGGCAAACUCAAAUUGGUUUUAACUUCAAAGCAUUUCCCCCAUGUGUUGACAGCUUUGAUUAAGGAAAAAAUCGAUAUAAACAAACGAGGUUUGAAAUGUUUUCUAAUUGGCGAAAAAAACUUUCUCUAGAAUGGUAGCUGUAUCCCGCAACAAACAAUACUUGCUGCAAUGCGUGAACUCCCAAUCGUCUCAAGUACUUGACAAGAAAUGCAUCGGAGUAACGCACUUUGUAAGCAACUCAAUUAGUGUUCCCCCCCCCACCUCCCGGUACCGGUACGUCCCAGCCCCUGACCUAUAUUAAUAUUCUAAUGACCCACCCGCUCUUUCAUCGCAGAUUGAUUUCACAAAUUAUUUCAGAAAAACAUAAGAAAAUAUUACCCACCAAGCGCAAUCGCAUUUUUUUUUAAGACUCAUUCAGCGGAGAUAUCAGGAAUUUUAUGUCGUGACAUCAGUGUCAUCAUGUUCCCUUCAUCUCCCUUUGAAAAAAAAAAAAAACCCUGCUUUUUGAGGGGCUUGGGUUGGGAUUGGAGCUGAUUGAUAGAAUCUGUUGUCAUUGACAAUGCGUCUGUGUGCCAAGUGUCAGCUCGAUAGUUUGAUGGGAAGUGGGUCAAUGAGCCGUCCGGAGAUUUUGCCAGCCACGAACAGAAGGAAAUUUAAUGUAGGGUUUGUUUAAAACUUUGAAUGAUUUUCCCACUUCUGGUCGCUAUGCGACGAUUACCUUUCUUGCUUCAGGCGACGACAUUACGUCAGGCCUUGCACUAUACUAUAAAGGCCUUCUUCUCUUUCAACACACAAUGGUUCCCCCCCCCCACCCCGCAGGAAAAAAAUGACCCCCUUCUCUGCACUGUUGAACCCACUUCCAAAUAAAUCGUUACAAACUGUGAUCUGAAACGUAUGUCCUUUAUAUUUCUGUGGGGUUUUGUUCUGCCUAAACAUAUCUUGUACCAUGAUUUAUUUACAUUAAUGUAAUGACAGCUGUUUGGCCUAAAGCAUGACACGAUUUUCAGCCCACCGGUUGACAAUCUUAUGUGUUUUCCAUCAUCACCCAGAUGAGAACAGAACACUGUCCCACACGAAAGCUGCUUUGACCGCUUACAUCCUCUUUGAGACCCGAGCUGCCGUCACUGCGGACAGGCCAAAGUAGGACACUUGCUAGCCGAGUGCCCCGACAAUAAUGAGUUGAGGGGUUGGGUACACCCCCAGACAUCCACACAGAUAUCCUGAUCUACGGCGAGACCCAACAGAUGUGGUCCCGAAAAGAGAAGAUCAUAUUUAAGACGUUUUCCUCGAUGCUUGCUAUCAAGGCCUGGAUUUUUUCAGACAUUUUUUUCUUCUAAUUCAUAAUGUCGACCUUAAAUUUAUUCCCCCUCUGUGUUUUUUUUCCUCUUUUUUUUGUUUUUUUUUUAAACUUUUCGCAUUUGGGAUCGAAGGCAUGGUGUACUAUCCGAAUCUAUUUAUGUUCAACUAAGAGCAAUUACAAAACUAUAACUUAAUAAAUUUUUCAGGUAAAUAUGACUUUGACAGUAAAUUGAUCCAGAUGAUGAAAGAACUGGAUAAAACUCUUGGACAAAAAGCACCGGUAUGGUUAUAAUCAAUUUCAUAUGACACUAUCGUCUCUAAGUAAAGCUAUUUAUUGCCAACGCAAAUAUAGAGAAAACCUGAAAGAUCUCAAACAAACAAAAGUUGUUUGUUUUUUAUUCUUUUGGAGCGUGGGGGGCUGUGUGGUCUUGUUGCUGGUCUCCCCCUACUCUGUUAUACUCCUAUUGCUACACUUAUUUCUUGCUUAACUGACUUUGUGGUGGUGGUUUUAUAAUCAAACAAUUGUUAAAAUAUGUAUUUCAAAAUCCGUUCUCCUUUUCCUCCUUUAUUUCUUUCGGUGCCUCUUUCUCAAUUCAGAUGCGUAUACUAACUCUCCGCCUAGUUUCCUCCUCUAUAUUUUCCUUCCCUUUCUCCUUAUCACUCCUUCUUACUCUCUUUCCAUAUGGUGACAACCGUCGACCGUUUCUUAUUCGAUAUUAUGGAAAACAGAAACUUGUUUUCAACGUACAAUGUAAUUUUUCUGGGUUCCCUUCUGCUGUUGAUUCUUCCCAACCUUCACGGCACACCAAUUUUUGGUGGAAUUAAAAUAUUUCUUUCCCAGACAGAUUAUGCGCAGCCUUACAUAGACGCGGCUUUCCUCAAUGUCAUUGAAUGUAAUCUAUUGACAGCAAACUAAAACAACGACAGCGAAUCCGGGCGAAACCCGGGGCAAAUCUGAAACUGUUCCACAAACUCCAACCGUGAACAGAGCUGAGGCUACUCAACAAACUGACGAUGUCAACAAAGUUGAGGCGGUUCAACAAACUGAAACCGUCAACAAAAUGGAAGUUGCUAAACAAACAUCUGGACAGAGCAAACAUAUGGUUGGCUAAUUCUUUUUGUUUUUGUUUUUGUUAUAACC